GGCAGAAUUUGGACAGACAAACAACUCGACAGUUAUUCAAUUGCGCACACUUUCUAGCAGAUACUAUAAAAUGUGCAGCGGUAUGCAAAAUAUAAUCGAGUCACUGGCUUGCGCCUUUGGGGGUCAGUCACCAGUAUUUAAUUCCCCUUUUGCUGAUAUUUGAUAGCAACACAAGUGAACGCAAACCUCCACAGAAUGAAAUACUUCGGACUGGCAGCGUUGGCGAGCGCGCUCGGUGCGGCAGCGGCAUUGGCCCUUCCCGAUGGAUACGGCCACAAACACGGUCAUGUCAAACCUGGUCCAGCGGUGGAGUACACCUAUCCGGCUAAGAUGCCCGCGGUCAAGUGUGGCCAUCAGCUGUUGGUUGGCUGCGACGCACAUCACAGUGUAGUGCCAUGUAAUGCUCACGCGGCGGCUCCUGCACCAGCUCACCACGAGCCGGCCGCUCCGGCUGAACAUUACGGUGAUGAUCAUGAACCGAUGGUGGCAGGAAAGCAUAAAAAGCAUAAGAAGCAUCAUAAGCACCAUCACCACAAGCAUCACAAGAAACACCAUCACCAUCACCAUCACCACCAUCAUCACCAUGGCCAUCAUGGUCAUCAUGGUCAUCACGGGCACCACUUUGGUCAUCAUCGUUUCUAA